AUGUGUGUGUUUGUAGGAGAGUGUGGAAGCUUAUUUCAAUGUCAAGUUGUCUCUGAAAGGGGACUCACCACAACACAAAUACCAGUUAUACAGGUAUUACCGUCUAAUCUUGUUUUGAAUGGAGGAGUUUUCCUAAAAUCCAACUUGGAUAACUGAUUGGUACAUAACCCCUGCCCUCAAUAAAAUACCUACCUGACUAUGACCUUUGGAGUGUGCUGCCCACUGAUAAUUUAGAGUCCUCCAAAAUUGCUGAAAUAACCUCAUGGGGAAUAUUGGUCUUUUUAGCUGUCUCUCUUUUUUUUGCUGAGUGGACUGAGAGAGCCCAGUACUGUUCUGCUUGAAAAUAUUUCUCCCAUCUUUUCUCUGUACUUUGAGCCCACAGGUGGUGUAUUCUGGUGGUAUGGUGGGCCUUUCCUAUCCCAGCAAUUGGGCUGACAGCAUGAUAGGGACCUUCUACAAUUUCUUUGAUUUCCUCACAGCAGGGAAGAGGGGCACGUGGGUGUCCACAGUGAUCUCUUUAUCACUUAGAACACUUGCCAGGUAACUAUGGCCCACUUUUUUAAGUCCCAUGCUGUCCCCUAACCUGUAACAGGUACACGUCAUGCAGACACUAGUGGGUGCCCAUAGCUUAGUAAUAUUCUAAUUUAUUGUCUUCUGGCUGAGUUUUGUUUCUUUGUUUCACUUAAUUUUGUGCCAGUUCCCACUGUUUGAAUUUAGAUUAGGUUGCUGAAACAGCUCAUUUAAAAGAUCCUUAAAUGAUUGAUCAUUUGAAAUAAAUAUGAAGCCUUAAUACAGGAAUGACAAUUUCAUCCUUUCCUGUCUUAUUUCUAAGCUUCAGUCAUUUUCUUUGUUUACUUGCAGGAUGAGCGCCACUUGAGUUCAGCAACCAUUUCUAGCUACAUCAGCUCCUUUUCUACCCAAUCAAGUUUGUUCAUAGGGAGGGAGGCCCAGAAUUCAAGAAAAUGUCAAUAAUACGUCGUCUACGAUCGUAAACACAAUUCUCCAAAAAAGGGACACCUGGGAUAGAAAUGAGAGGACUUGGAUGCCCAAGAUCACUGGCUUCCUUGGUGAGUUGCGUUCUUUUCAGCAGCGGUAUUUAUCUUUGUAUUAAGUUUAAAAGAUUUCAGGAUCCUUUGAAUUCCUAGACUACGAGCAGUCUCUCUUUUUUGUUUGUCCGUCGGGCAAAACGCCCGACACACGCAAAUGACCACGCGCGUGGCUGAAGGCGCGAGACGGGAGAGGCACGACAAAAGAGAGACUACUCUUUUUUCUUCUCGGGCUGCCGCCCUCGUUUCUCGUCGCGCGCGCAUGCACUCCCCUUACUAAAUCUGGAAAGGGGGAUCUUGAUCCCGCAUUCCCCUUUUUUCACGAUAAUCCCGCAUCCCGCUCAACUACUUUCAUUGCUAUCCCGAAUGUCAUUUUCUUUCCCAGUCCUCAUCCGUGUCCGGUGUCACAGCGUUUUGGGCAUCCCCGCGUUUUGGGCAUCCCCAUUCCCAAAUCCCUAGCGUUUUGGGCAUCCCCGGUGGGGGAUGCCCAAAACACUGAUCGCUUCGACUUUGCCUAAAUUAUUUCAGACUGGGGAAAAGUCGGGAUUGUCAAUCACGAAUUUACGGCUGAAUAGUGUAGAUGCGUGUUAGAAUUAUAUCGUCUGACACUUUUCACCGGGUUUAUUGCGCACAAAAAAAAACCCAUAGGCAGUAAACGUUGGCUCAAAACGGGACGAAACUGAAAUUUACAACCGCAUAACAUCCCUUCGCUGUACAACGCUUCAUUGUUUGCAAAGCUUCAAUUUUAUUUAAUAGAACUGUUUACCAGCGAGAAAUGCCGCAAUCGCCGGCAGCUGCGAUCGUCUGAUUCCAAACAGCCAAAAACAAGAAUACUAAACAAAACAAUCAAAAGACAAACAUGAAUAAAACUGCGUUUUGCGGUGUUGAAUUCAUAGUAUGCAUGACAUUUGAGGCCUGUACAACUUAACCCCGCAGCGCUACUUGACACACAAAAGGCUGUCACACAAUUUAUACAGAGGCCUCUUGCACCUACGGGACAGAAGUAAUCUGUUGCCGUUUUGAGAUGUAGUAGGGGCUUCUAUUAAAUCAAUUCCGACCGAGUACCACACCUUGGGAACAACCUUCACAGGGUGCAAAAGUGUUAUCUCGGCCGGCGUGUCCAGAAAAAGGAGCAGAGUGGCACUCUUCGAAGACCCUCGCUUUCUCUUCCUCGGUGAACAAUUUGUCGAAGCGCUGUGCCAUCCUUCUCCUUUGCCACCUAGAACAAGGACUCUAAUUUUGAGUCAUACUCGAACUUUUUGGCAAAUUUCGCAGAGUCGUUUUUUUGCUUCGUAAAGCCUUCCGGAUAAGCCUUCUUUUUAAGAUACUGGAAAAGAUUUCUAUAUUUAGCGGAAGCCAUCUCUAAAACGUUUUCGAUUUUCCCGCGAAAUCCAGCAUUUUUGUGGAGGGGAUGACCAAAACACUAGCGAUUUGGGCAUCCCGGGAGGGUACCGGGGGAUGCCCAAAACGCUGCAGUAAUAUGAGAAGGGGAUUCCCAAAACGCUAGGGAUUUGGGAAUGGGGAUGCCCAAAACGCUGUGACACCGGCGCAAAUUUUGGCGAAUUCCGCUUCUCGGGUAACAGUUAAAUCCCAUAUCCCGUCAACGUUUUUCCAAAUCUGGCUCUGGAUUUUGGGCAAAUCCCUUAUCCGGGAAUACCCUUCCAGGUCCUGUAAAUGUAAUGACUGUUCCGAGGUAUCAACGUUUCUUUCCAAAGGUAAUUUUAAACAAAUUCCCGAAAUCUGGGAGCAGUUGCAAUUAGUCACAAAGUUAGUUGAGACACUUUGCCCUUAAAGACCUUUCUGACUGGUUUUUAGCGACUUCAAAGUCGCAGUUUCCUUGCAUUCUCUGAUUACCAGCAUACAGUUAGUAGUCUCUCGUUGACUAAGACGGGCUGUAUUCAAGAUGUUUACAGGAUUAAGAGAGGGACAAGAUGUUGUUAUUAAACAGUUUACAAAAAUGGUCAAAGUUGACUGUUGUCGGGGAGAGUAUGCUUUUAUGGAUCUUUAUGCCACUGAGUGAAAUAGUCCUAGGAUGAGUUCAUGUGGAAUGUUAUCAGGACUUGAUUAUUUGUAGUAAUAAGUUUUCGUUGGCGCUGUUAACCCGAAAUCGCGGGUCAAGUCUUGCCCCGUUUGACAUAGUCGAAAGUAAGAAUCUUGGACUCCAGACUCCGUACUAUAGACUCGUUGGUAAUUUUCUUUUAUAAUAAUGAUAAUGAUGAUGAUGAUGAUGAUAAGCAAACAAAGGAAAACAAAAACGUAACAAAACAAUCCAAAGAAGAACGCUCGAUGUAG